UCAACAAGCGCAACAGUUUAGUCGAGUAGUGACACGCUGCUAGAAUAUGAGUUUUGUCUCGGAUAAUAUUUGAAUCGGAUUGAUUUGGACUUCAACAGAAGUUCAAGUGACUGACUAUCCUGUGUGUGAGGGGGUUAUGUGAGAUGAAUCCUAACAGGCUGACAGUAUUUUUUAAACUACCUGAAAGUGAAAGUAAUACAGAGAAGGGACUUAAACUGAACUGAACUUGAAUUUGUUCUGAAUAGGAAAAUGGCUUCUACAUCUUUUGCAGAGGAGGAUUUCACCUGUCCUGUUUGCUUUGAAAUCUUCAAGGAUCCCGUCCUCCUCUCCUGUAGUCACAGCGUCUGUAAAGCCUGUCUGCAGCAUUUCUGGGACACUAAGGGAUCUACAGAAUGCCCAGUCUGUAGGGGAACAUCGUCAAAUGACAAACCUCCCCUUAACCUCCACUUAAAGAACCUUUGUGAGACCUUCGUAAGGGACAGAAGUCAGAGAGCUUUAGCAGGGUCUGAGGUGCUCUGCAGUCUGCACAGUGAGAAACUCAAGCUCUUCUGUCUGGAGGAUAAACAGCCUGUGUGUUUGGUGUGUCAGACCUCAAAGAAACAUAAAAAUCACAGUUUCAGUCCCGUAGAUGAAGCAGCACUGGACUGUAAGGAGGAGCUCAAGGUCAAACUGCAGCCCUUACAGGAGAAACUGAAGACCAUUAAGGAGGCUACACUCACCUGUGACCAAACAGCAGCUCAUAUUAAGACUCAGGCCCAGCACACAGAGAAGCAGAUCAAGAAGGAGUUUGAGGAGCUUCACCAGUUUCUACGAGAUGAAGAGGCGACCAGGAUAGCUGCACUGAGGGAGGAGGAGGAGCAGAAGAGUCAGAUGAUAAAGGAGAAGAUUGAGAAGAUGAGCAGAGAGAUCUCAUCUCUUUCAGACACAAUCAGAGCCAUAGAAGAGAAGAUGGGAGCUGAUGACAUCACAUUCCUGCAGAACUACAAGAGCACAGUGGAAAGAGCCCAGUGCACACUGCAGGAUCCAGAGAGGGUUUCAGGAGCUCUGAUCAAUGUGGCAAAACACCUGGGCAACCUGAAGUUCAGAGUCUGGGAGAAGAUGCAGGAGAUUGUUCAAUACACUCCUGUGACUCUGGAUCCCAACACUGCACACCCAAAACUCAUCCUGUCUGAGGAUCUGACCAGUGUGAGAUGUGGUGAUGAGAGACAGCAGCUUCCUGAUAACCCAGAGAGAUUUGAUAAGGGUGCCAGUGUCCUGGGCUCUGAGGGCUUUAACUCAGGGACUCACUGCUGGGAUGUGGAAGUUGGAGAGAAUACAUUGUGGAGUGUGGGUGUGAUGACAGAGUCUCUCCAGAGGAAGGGAGACUUUACCUCCAUGAGUGGAGUGUGGUUUGUGUGUUAUAACGAUGCUAUGGGAACUGGUUUCACAGUGAAGCAGAAACUCCAGAGGAUCAGAGUGCAGCUGGACUGGGACAGAGGAGAGCUGUCAUUCUCUAACCCUGAUAAUAACACACAUCUACACACUUUCACACACACUUUCACUGAGAAAGUGUUUCCAUACUUAAAUGGCGGUAAGAUCUCUCCUUUGAGGAUCUUACCAGUGAAGGCCUCAGUAACAGAGGAGCAGUUCAGAUAGAGCUGAAUUUCCCUUUGUCAAGUUAAUGAUGACUUGCUGUUAAUAUGUCCCCAUUCAUUAUGAAUUCUGAAUGACUUGGUACUAUGGUUAGUUGCCUUAAGAAUAUCCAGAGGUGUCACAUGAUCUGAAGCAAAUAUUCCAAAUUGAAGGACAUAUAUCCUGGACAGAAAUGUAUUACAAAUGAUAUUCCUACCGACAUUAAUAAUUACUUGCUUUUAUUUUCCAAACUUUGUGGGAGGUUGGUGAAAUGUAGUCAUGUUUUUAAGUUGUCUACAAUCUGUUGAAUAACUGUGGUCCAUGAGACAGUGGAACAGAACAGUUUGAGCUUCAGUCUGAUCCGACUCCUAGGACUGUUCAAACAGAAACACUGAUGACUAAAAUCAAAUAAAAGUUGCUUCAACUGGCUUGUCAA